AUGAAGUUACUCGUGGUGUUUUUAAGCUUGAUCGGAUUAUCAGUCGUUUCUUCUGGAUCAUCGGAUUAUAGUCAACUUCCAAGCAAUGCUGAGAUCUUAAAAGCGAUGGAAAAUUCACGGAUCAGACAGCCAAUUUUUAAAUGUUUGAUGGGUACUGGUACUUGUGCUGGAAAUGGUGGAAAAGUCAAAAAGUUCUUGUUGGAAGACAUAAAGAACAAUUGCAACGCUUGUACUGUAAGUGACAAAAAACGCGCUGUUAAUCUGAUGAAGGAGAUAAGAAGUCUAUAUCCAGUUGAUUGGGCAAAAUUGGUCGCCAAAUACGACCCUCAUGGAGUUUACGAAAGAAAACUUUUAGCUCAAAUAGAAAAUCAAUCUUAG